UCCUUCAGUUUUCUAUUAAAAAAAAAUCAUAUCCAACUCUGCAUUUCUUACCCAUUAACCAUCUUGUAUUUAUUGUUUAUCUAAAUGCAGAUAUUGCCUUUUCAAUGUUAGUCUCAUUGUUUUGUACUGUCAAAAAUCUGCAAGGGUUGUAUGCUGCUUUAGAUUAGUUUCUAGAGGUGGGUUUUGAACUAUAUAUAUAUACAAAUCAAAGAAAUAGACAUGGGUAUAGAUGCAAGGGAUGUUCAAGUUUUUGUAUAUAGAGUUCUUGAGUUUUCCAUGAAGACCAGUUAUAGAUUUGUACAAAAGCAUCCAUAUGUUUUUGGUGUUUUCUCAUUCUUCUUCCUGCUAUAUAUAUUUUUUCCUCUCAUUUUCAUAAUUUUGGUCUGCUCUUCCCCAUUUCUUGUUUUUAUUGCUGUUCUUCUUAGAACCUAUUGGAGUUCCCAUCAAUCCCACAUUAGAAGUGUCAAUGGAGAUGAGAAAAGCAGCAAUGUAAUAUUACAGGAGAAGUCUAAGUCUGCUGGAGAUGAUGUUGUUGUCAGCAGAAAUGAUGGCUCCCACUUACAAAGUCAUACAAGUCGACGAAGAAAUGUGAAAGAGAAGAACAAAGAAUUGGAUAUUCAAACUGGUAAGAAGGAAGAAAAUGAGAACACAACUGGUAAAAUUACCAUGGAGGAGAAAGAAUUUCAUUCUUCUGAACAUGGCGAGAGUUCCUUUGCUAACAUGUUAGCAGCUAAAGGUAUUCAAAAUGUUGAUGAUGAACACCAUGCAUUGUUAGAUUCUGAAUCACGGUCGGAGCACAUAUCAAGUGAUGGUGCAGAACAGACUCGUAAAUUUGAUAACAGUGGCAUUGAGUUGGAGGCUGACAACAUGGAAGAAGCAGAAGAUGACGACGAAGAAGAGGCACAAGAGGAUGGGAAUAAGGCAUUGGAAUGGACAGAGGAUGAUCAGAAAAAUCUUAGGGAUUUGGGGCUAUCCGAGUUAGAAAGGAACAAAAGGCUGGAAAGUCUAAUUGCAAAACGAAGAGCAAGAAAGUUAUUUCGAAUGCAGGCUGAGAAAGGUUUGAUUGACUUGGACAGUAAUCCACAAGGUCAAAUUGCUCCAAUUGUUGCAAAAAGCAACCCUUUUGAUGUCCCAAACAUUUCAGAGGAAACUGAAGGCUUACAAAUGCCUAGUUCAGCCCCUUGUAUUUUGUUACCAACAGGAAACCCAUUUGACCUCCCCUAUGACCCACUUGAAGAAAAGCCUAAUCUAAUGGGAGGCAGUUUUCAGCAAGAAUUCAUGUCAGAUAAUCAAAAGGAAAUGCUAUUCUGCAGGCAUGAGAGCUUCCAAUUGGGACCUUCUUUUCCAUCAGAAUCCAUGCGAGAUCGAAAUGGCUCAAAAUUCAACCCUCCUUUUGUUUCAGAGAAAGGAACACAGAAUUUGGAGGGACCAGGAUACUCAAGAUUCCAAAUGCAGUCAAAGAAAGGAGAACCUAAUCAGCAAACUGAACGACUAUUUUCUAAAGAUGGUGAUGAAAGCAUUUUCCCUACUGAUUCCACUCCUGAUCUUGCUGAAACUGGAGCCCAAGCUCCCAGUCAGGUAAUAAACUCAGCGGAAAUUAAUCGUGAAGAGGAUAAAAUAACUAAAGAUAACAUGACUGACAUCAAAGGAGAAGAGGAAAUGGAGGGAUCUCAUGGUAUGGGGUCAAUGUAUACAAGUGAAGUGCACACUGACAUCAAAGGAGAAGAGGAAAUGGAGAGAUCUCAUGGUAUGGGGUCAAUGUAUACAAGUGAAGUGCACAUGGAGCCAAAUUUAAGUGAAAGCAGUAAUGACGACUCAGACUCAUCAGCUUCAUCUGAAGAAAAUGAACAGACCCUCAAUGAUUACAAAGUUGAAUUUUCAAAAAAUCCAAAACCAAGUCCUUCACCAAGUCUUUCACUAAAGUCCAUAAGGUGUUUACCACCUAAGCCUGAAAGUGAACCUUUAUUUGAUACUAGCCCAUCAGCAGAUGGCAAGCACAGAAGGGAGGGCAGUGCAUUUUUUCCAGAUAAGGCCUAUUGUCAUACUCCAACCCAUUCCAUAGCUUCUGAUUUGCAAGUGGAGUUCUCGGAUGGUUCCCCUCCACUGACAUUGGAUGGAACCAAUUCAGCCAUUGAUGCAGAAUCUGAGACAUAUGAUGAGGACAUGGAAAAGGAGGCCACUUUUGGCAGCGAAGGAAUGUGGGGAUCCUCGUCUGUCAUAUCCGGACUACAGGAUUAUGAAUCAAAAUCUGGACAUGAAGACAGUCAGAAGGAUAUUGUAGAAGUAGGAGUUUUGGGAAUGAACAAGAAUUUUGACGAUGACAUUAUGUCAUCCAUAGGUCCACAACGGGUGGAUGAUCAAGAGUUAACUGAUAUGAGUUCGUUGUCAUCUUCAGCAAUUGACAUAUCUGGAGAGAGUCAAGUUCAGUCAAAAAACAUCAAACAUAUGAUCCAUGAUGACAUCAAACAAGUAGUGGAAGAAGUUAAGGAACCCAAACCCAAGUCUUCGAAUUAUUCAGAUUCUCAAAUACAUGUGGGGAAGUCGAUGGCCCAUUCCCCUAAUGAGGUUUAUUCUGAAAAACCAAAGGAUUUAUCUUAUCCUCAGGAGAUGUCUACAAGGAACGAGAAGACCAUUGAUGAUGCUAAUUAUGGAGUAUCUCAGGCCACAACUGACAUGAAAGAAUUGAAGAUAAAUGAAGACAUAGGUGGUGGAUCGCAGCUAGUGAUCAAGCAAGAGACUGAAAAGCUUACUGAGAAUCAAGCCAUAUUGGACUCUGUAAAACCAACUGAGGGGAAUAAGGACUCAAAGAAUAUUGAAGAUGUUGGUGGAAGUCAAAUUAAGCUUACUGAAGAUGAGGGCAUCAUGGACAUCUCAAAGCCAAUCGAGGCCAAUGACAACUUGGAUUCAAUUCAAGAGAAUAAAAAUGAACAAAGUAUCACAGAAAGUGGAACUUCUGGGUUAAACCAGAAUUCUGAUGACCCCAUUGCAUCAGCUGCACAACAAGAGUUGGUGGUUGAAGAGGUCCCUAUCGACUCAAGUUCAUCCUCAUCUCCAACUUCUGUAUUAGCAGGAAAAAUCCCAACUGAUCAAGCCUCCUCAUCAACUUCAGAUCAACAGUUACACAUAGUCAUCUUACAAUCUCAUUUGGAGGACAUUGCAAAUACUUAUUCAUGGGAUGAACAACCACCUCUGAAUAUAACUCCAGGUGCACAACCUAUGGUGGAGAAUUUCACUGCUCCCCCAUCUACUAACAGCGGUUUCGAAAACUUGAUGGACCCAUCUAAUCCUCAAGAGAAGCCUGCUGAAGAAACCCACAGUUUUGACGACUUGAAUGUACCCAAGGUUAAUGAAAAGGAAGGAAAGGAAAAUACAAAGUCUCAUCAAACCAUUAAAGGUGAAUCAGAAAUAUUGAUCAGUCAUGAAGGCAGUGCUUCCCUAUCAAAACCAGCAGAGGACAGCAGUAAUAUACUUAGAACAGUGGAACCAGGGAAGUUUACUGCAGAAGACAACACUAUCUUUAAUGUCAAUGAUCGAGAAGUUAGUGAGAAGAAAGACAAGGAGAAGUAUAAUUCUGUUGGAAAAAGUGAAGAUGAAUCACAAUCCUCAAUCAAACAGGAGAGUAUUGUGGACUCCCUAAAACCGGACAAGCCAACUAGUUCAAAAUUUAUAGAUGUUGAUGAGAAAUCUAGAAAGUUGAAUGAUGUUGAAGCUCUUCAUGGUACAUCAAAAUCACUUGAGGGCAUUGAGAAUUCAAGAACCAAAGAAGAAACUGAAGAUUCAAGAAAACCAAAUGAACAUGAUCCCAUUUUUCGCCUACCAAAGUCUGCUGAUACUACAUUCACUCAGGAAACCAUAAAAGGAUAUGAAGUAGUUGGAGGUGAAUCUGAAAAUUUGACAGAUGAAGUAGUAGAUUUAUCAAAUCCUGCUCUUGAAAAAGGAUACCCAAAAUAUCCUGCCACUAUUGCAGAAGUGGUCCCAUCUAAUUCUCCAGAGAAGUCUGCUGUAGAAACCCAAAGUUUUGACAACUUAAAUGUACCCAUGGUUAAUGACGAGGAUGGAAGGGAAAUUUCAAAGUCUUAUCAAGCCAUUAAAGGUGAAUCAGAAACAUUGAUCAGUCAUGAAGGCAGUGCUCACCUAUCAAAACCAGCAGAGGACAUCGAUAAUAUACUUGGAAUCAAGGAACCAAGGAAGUUUACUGCAAAAGACAACACCAUCUACAAUGUCAAUGAUCCAGAAGACAGAGAGAAGGAAGACAAGGAGAUGAGUAAGUUUGUUGCAAAAAGUGAAGGAGAAUCACAAUUCUCAAUCAAACAGGAAAGUACUGUGUACUCCCAAAAACCGGUUGAGCCAACUAGUUCAAAAUUUAUUGAUGUUGAUGAGAAAUCCAGAAAAUUGAAUGAAUCUCUUCUUGGUCCAUCAAAUUCAAUUGAGGACAUCAAGAAUUCAAGAACCAAAGAAGAAACUGAAAAUUCUGGAAAACCAAAUGAACAUGAUCCCAUUUUUCACCCACCAAAGUCUGCUGAUAAUACGUACAAUCAGAAAGCCAUAAAAGAUGUUGGAGGUGAAUCUGAAAAUUUGACAGUAUAUGAACCUGUAGAUUCUUCUAAACCUGCGGUUGAAAAAGGAUACCCAAGCUUCCCUACCACUAUUGCAGAAGAGGACCCAUUAAAUCCUCUAGAGAAGUCUGCUGAAGUAACCCACAGUUUUGACAACUUGAACGUACCCAUGGUUCAUGACAAGGAAGGAAAGAAAAAUUCAAAGUCUCAUCAAGCCAUUAAAGGGGAAUCAGAAACAUUUAUCAGUCACAAAGGCAGUGGUUUCCUAUCAACCCCAGCAGAGGACAGCAGUAAUAUACUUGGAACCAAGGAACCAGGGAACUUUACUAAGAAAGACAACAACAUCUACAAUGUCAAUGAUCCAGAAGACAGUGAGAAGAAAGACAUAGAGAAGUCUGUUGGAAAAAGUGAAAGUGAAUCACAAUCCUCAAUCAAACAGGAGAGUACUGUGUACUCCCAAAAACUGGUCGAGCCAACUAGUUCAAAAUUUAUAGAUGUUGAUGAGAAAUCUAGAAAAUUGAAUGAAGCUCUUCUUGGCCCAUCAAAUUCAAUUGAGGACAUCAAGAAUUCAAGAACCAAAGAAGAAACUAAAAAUUCUGGAAAACCAAAUGAACCUGAUCCCAUUUUUCACCCACCAAAGUCUCAUCAAGCCAUUAAAGGAGAAACAGAAACAUUUAUCAGUCACAAAGGCAGUGGUUUCCUAUCAACCCCAGCAGAGGACAGCAGUAAUAUACUUGGAACCAAGGAACCAGGGAACUUUACUAAGAAAGACAACAACAUCUACAAUGUCAAUGAUCCAGAAGACAGUGAGAAGAAAGACAUAGAGAAGUCUGUUGGAAAAAGUGAAAGUGAAUCACAAUCCUCAAUCAAACAGGAGAGUACUGUGUACUCCCAAAAACCAGUUGAGCCAACUAGUUCAAAAUUUAUAGAUGUUAAUGAGAAAUCUAGAAAAUUGAAUGAAGCUCUUCUUGGUCCAUCAAAUUCAAUUGAGGACAUCAAGAAUUCAAGAACCAAAGAAGAAACUAAAAAUUCUGGAAAACCAAAUGAACCUGAUCCCAUUUUUCACCCACCAAAGUCUGCAGAUACUACAUACAAUCAGAAAGCCAUAAAACAUGUUGGAGGUGAAUCUGAAAAUUUGACAGUAUAUGAAGCUGUAGAUUUUUCUAAACCUGCGGUUGAAAAAGGAUACCCAAACCUCCCUGCCACUAUUGCAAAAGAGGAUUCAUUUAAUACUCUAGAGAAGUCUGCUGAAGAAACCCACAGUUUUGACAACAUGAAUGUACCCAUGGUUAAUGACAAGGAAAGAAAUGAAAAUUCAAAGUCUCAUCAAGCCAUUAAAGGAGAAACAGAAAAAUUGAUCAGUCACAAAGGCAGUGGUUUCCUAUCAACACCAGCUGAGGACCGCAGUAAUAAACUUGGAACCAAGGAACCAGCGAAGUUUACUGCAGAAGACAACACUAUCUUUGAUGUCAAUGAUCUAGAAGUCUGUGAGAAGGAAAACAAGGAGAAGUUUAAUUCUGUUGGCAAAAGUGAAGGUGAAUCACAAUCCUCAUUCAAACAGGAGAGUAUUGUGGACUCCCCAAAACCGGAUGAGCCAACUACUUCAAAAUUUAUAGAUGUUGAUAAGAAGUCCAGAAUAUUGAAUGAAGGUGAAGCUCUUCUUGGUCCAUCAAAAUCAUUUGAGGACAUCAAGAAUUCAAGAACCAAAGAAGAAACUGAAGCUUCAAGAAAACCAAACGAACAUGAUCCCAUUUUUCACCCAUCAAAGUCUGCUGAUACCACAUGCAAUCAGGAAACCAUAAAACAUGUUGGAGGUGAAUUUGAAAAUUUGAAAGUACAUGAAGUAGUAAAUUUAUCAAAACCUGCUGUUGAGAAAGGAUACCCAAACGUCCCUACCACUAUUGCAGAAGAGGAACCAUCUAAUCCUCCAAAGAAGUCUGCUGUAGAAACCCACAAUUUUGACUACUUGCAUGUACCCAAAAUUAAUGACAAGGAAGGAAAGGAAAAUUCAAAGUCUCAUCAAGCCAUUAAAGGUGAAUCAGAAACAUGGAUCAGUUACGAUGGCCGUGCAUACCCAUCAAAACCAGCAGAGGACAGCACUAAAAUACUUGGAACCAUGGAGCCAGGGAAGUUUACUGCAGAAGACAACACUAUCAACAUUGUCAAUGAUCCAGAAGUCAGUGAAAAGGAAGACAAGGGGAAGAGUAAGUCCGUUGGAAAAAGUAAAGGUGAAUCACAAUCCUCAAUCAAACAAGAGAGUAAUGUGGACUUCCCAAAACCGGACGAGCAAACUAGUUCAAAAUUUAUAAAUGUUGAUGAAAAAUCCAGAAAACUGAAUGAAUUUGAAGCUAUUCUUGGUCCAUCAAAAUCAUUUGAGGAAAUUGAGAAAUCAAGAACCAAAGAAGAAACUGAAGAUUCAAGAAAACCAAAUGAACAUGAUCCCAUUUUUCACCCACCAAAGUCUGUUGAUACUACAUUCAAUCAGGAAACCAUAAAACAUGUUGGAGGUGAAUCUGAAAAUUUGACAGUAUAUGGAGCAGUAGAUUUGUCAAAGCGUGCUGUUGAAAAAGGAUACCCAAACGCCCCUACCAAUAUUGCAAAAGAGGAACCAUCUUAUCCACAUCCAUUGAAGUCUUACCCAGAAAGUUGAAUGAUCAUAUGAAGAUCAUAGAUGUUAGUGAUCAUUCAGAUGCUACACACUGGAGUGCAGACUCAAACUCAGCAACAGAAAGACCACUGCAACUGAACUAGUCUCACAGUUAGUUAGGCAGCUGAACCAAUCUCACUGUUAUUUAGCAAUAAGUUAAUUUCAUUAUCUUGUAA